UACACGUUGCGCUGUUUACCCAGAGGCUGCUAGUACAUUCGCUGUGACUCGCUGUUCACUGGCUACUCUUGAAAAUAUACGUUGGAUUUUUGGCACCAGUUCUUAUCCUGACCACUACAUAUCUGCUAUCAUGGUACUGAAUGGCGUUAAAGCUAUAUUUUUUGAUUUGGACAACACAUUGAUUGAUACAGCUGGAGCAAGUAAGAAAGCAAUUAAUGAGGUUAUGGAAGUAUUAAUCCAUAAAAACCAGUUUAGAGAAGAAGAAGCUCAUAAAAUCUGUGACAUGUUUCAAUCAAAAUUGCUUCACGAGUCGCUGGAUUCAUCUAAGAUGACCAUUGAUGACCUUCGGGUCCAGCAUUGGGAAGAAGCCAUGAAAGAAAUCAGGCCAGGGGACCAAAUGGAUGCAGCUAGAGAUUGUUACUUUCUAUGGAAAACUAGACGCCUACAGCUAAUGACUUUGUCAGAAAGCGCCAAAGCUAUGCUUUGUGAACUCAGAAAAUCUGCCUCCUUGCUUCUUCUAACUAAUGGCGAGAAGCAGGUGCAGAGGGAAAAAAUAGAAGCUUGUGGAGCCCAACAGUACUUUGACGCCAUUGUGGUGGGAGGGGAGCAUGCUGAAGAGAAACCAGCACCCUCUAUCUUCUUCCAUUGCUGUGACCUCUUAUCAGUCAAACCUGAGGACUGUGUAAUGGUUGGGGAUAAUCUGGAUACAGAUAUCCAAGGUGGACUCAACGCAGGUUUAAAAGCAACCAUUUGGUUAAAAAACAGUACAUAUGUGGUUAAUAAUCCCCACCCAAAACCUCAUUACACCAUACACUCUUUGUCAGACCUGCCUCAUAUUCUAAACCAAAUUCACGAUACAGAAACGAAAACAAUCAAAGGCAUACAUCAUCAACAAUGAAACAAAAAGAAAAGAGGAAAGGCAGAAUACCAUAUCUCUGAGGUCUACAUCAAAUUUUCCGUUCAUAGGACAUAAACAAUAUACUUUCCUGUAAAUAAAAACUUAAAGUAUUAAUUUAAUUUGAAGCAUUUUCAGUAUUAACUCUGACCAUAAAUAGGAUAUUUUAUCUUUUUCUUUACCACAUUUAGGGCCAGAUUACAAGUGGAGCGCUAAAUAUCGCUUGCAUGCAAGCAAUAUUAUCGCUCCACUUUGUAAUACCAGCGCACGAUAAUGUGCGCUGGUAUUACAAGUAAAACAUUGCUAGGAAGCAUUGAGCUCACAAGAGCGUUCUUCCAUAGGCUUCUAAGGGCAACAGAACCUCGCGCAGCGAAGGGGGCAAGUAGCGUGGCGAUGGGCAGCAUUUUAAAAUAUAUAUGAAUAUAUACAUAUUUAUAUGUUAAUAUGUGUAUAUACACAUAUUAACACAUAUAAAUGUAUAUAAUUAUAAACCUAUAUAUUUAGAUUGCGGUCUAUGGGAUUCCCUCCAGCUUAUAGAGACCUCACACUUAUCCAGGGAUAGGAGGCUUUAAUAUCUACUUCUAGAGAGGGAAAAUAAGUGGACCAGAAAUGUAAUAACUUAUUCAGAUGCAUUUGGCCUUGUUUAGCCAGCAUAAUAUCAUAUAUUAGGGAUAUUGAAUAAUUGCCUGAGGCAAAUUUCUGAAUACAUAAAUUGAUAUCAGACCAUUGAUUUGAAAUUCCCAUAUUCCAAUCUUGAGCAUUAAUAAUGUGCCUUAACUGAAAAUAAGCAAAUACAUUAGAUCUCUGUAAAUCAAAUUCUUGAGAAAAAAUAUCAAAUGGAAGGAUCUGACCAUUUACUGAUACAAUUUGUUGAAUGUAAGUCCAUUGUCGUGCCAGGAGCCAAAGACCCCAUAAGAGAUUCCCGACGUAAACUCAGGAUUACCUUUUAUUGACAAGAAUUCCGUGAGUCUGAAAUCUAUACCUAGAGAAAUACACAAUUUUUGCCAAACUAAAAUUACAUUUUUAAUAGUUAUAAGGCUACCUAUAUUUGAAGACAAAUUCUUAACAGAACAAUGUAAGAGAGCCUUUAAAGGGACAGUCAACUCCAAAAAUUUGUAUUGUUUAAAAAGAUAGAUAAUCCCUUUAUUACCCAUUCCUCAGUUUUGCACAACCAACAUGUUAUAUUAAUAUACGUUUUACCUCUGUUAUACUUUGUAUAUAAGCCUCUUCUGACAGCCCCCUAAUCACAUGACUUUUUAUUUAUUAUCUAUUGACUUGCAUUUUAGCCAAUUAGUUCAGUGUCAUCUACAACUCACGGACGUGAGCACAAUGUUAUCUAUAUGGCCCACAUGAACUAGCAGUCUCCUGUUGUGAAAAGUAAAUACAAAAGCAUGUGAUAAGAGGCUGUCUGUAGUGGCUUAGAAACAGGCAGAAAUUUAGAGGUUAAAAUGUUGUAAAGUAUAUUAACCCCUUAGUAACCAGAGCACUUUUCCAUUUUCUGACCAUUUGGGACCAGGGCUAUUUUUACAUUUCUGCAGUGUUUGUGUUUAGCUGUAAUUUUCCUCUUACUCAUAUACUGUACCCACACCUAUUAUAUACCGUUUUUCUCGCCAUUAAAUUGACUUUCUAAAGAUUCUAUUUUGUCCUCUUUUCAUGUAAUUCCAUUCUGAAAUUGUGAGCUUUUCAGUUCCUGUUAGAAAUGGAAGUGUAGAACACUGUUAUAUUCCACACAGCCAUUGGCUGCACACUCUAGUGACCAAUUGAUAGCUGUCCCUAAUUGGCCACAGCAGAGAAGGUAACCUAAGUUAUAACAUGGCAGCUCCCAUUGUUCAAUAGACACUAAAACUUUACACUUAUUAUUUUCAAUAUUUAAACAGCUAAUGAAACUUUAAAAAAAACAUCUACAUUCUAUUCUCAGACUAAUCUUUUCUUUGAAUUCAUCAUUCUUACUAGCAUUUAUUUCGUGUUUAAUGUCCCUUUAAAUGGUAAAUACAUACCUAUCAUGUAUAAUGAAUGAGCAUUUCUUCGUUUUACUUUAAAGCUGUUACUUUGUUACAACAAAUAUUAACAUACGUGUUUACUGAAGAAUAAACAUUAGUGAAUCUAGUACCUUGUUAGCUAGGUUGAAAAUACUUGUGCUUUUAAUAGAAAUGCUACAUCAUCUUGAGGCAGUAUUGUUGGAGUCUCUAUCUAUCUCUUGGGAGGCUGAAUCACUCUGACAGCUAUUGUCACAAUCAUGAAGCAUCUGGGUAAAUAGUUGAUUUCUUUGCUAAGGAGACCCAGAAGUUAUGUCUCUAGUAUGAAGUCAAAAUCAUUUGGCAUCUCUACAUAGUCUCAUUAUUUUUUAAUAUCUGCCUAUCAAAGUAGAGUACAGUAUAGUCAACCACGAAAACACAUUGUCAUGAGACAGGGCUCAUUUCAUAAAGGAAAAUGAAUAAAAAUGUAAACAAAUAGAAGUAAAACAUAUGAAAGCACAAUACUCUGCUAAUUGCAGGGUACAAACACUUUUUCUGCAGAGUUUUCGAGAGCUCUGUUAUAGAGUCCAUAUAUAUGUAAUAUACAUAGUAUAUAUCAACAAUUAAAGGGGCAUUAUAGUGAUAGUUACAUGGUCUAAUUCGUUAAGAGCAUGUCAUUUUAUUAUUUUAUCACUAGCAACUCUGAAUUAAAGGGACAUUUAUAUUAAAGGGAUUUUUUUUUUCAUAACUGUUUUGUAGAUUAUACAUUUUUACAAAAACACUCCCAGAUGGGCUAUAUAAAUGGAUCGUUUUGCUGAUUUUUAAAUAACAUUGUGCUGAUUUUCAGACUCCUAACCAAGCCCCAAAGUUCUAGAUGUAUACUGAGGUCUACAGAUUCCUAGUUGUGUUAUGGGUCUUUUUGUAUACAGGGGAGGGGGAGUGUCUGCCUGUUCCUGCUUUCCCAGCCCCUUUUAGUGGGUAGCCCAGCCUAACCUUAUCAAUAGUGCUAAAUUAGGAGCUUCUAAGUAUGUUUUUAAAAAGUUUUAUAAUGGAUUUUUUUAUUUGUAUCUGUGAAUAUUCUACUUUAUAGUAGUGUCUACUAAAUGCAGUUAUAUGAAUAUUGGUGUAUACUGUCCCUUUAACCAUGUCAUUUUAUCACUAUAAUGUCCCUUUAAGCUCUAGAUUGUCAUUUUGUUAGGGAAAAUCUCCUCUGGUCAGUUAGGAACUAGGUCCUAUGCUGAUCAAUCAGUCACUGGGUGCAGUGGGGAAAAAUACACAAUUUUUAGAUUUAAAGGGACAUGAAGCGUAAUUUUUUUUUCUUUUAUGAUUCAGAUAGUGCAUGCAAUUUUAAACGACUUUCUAAUAGUAAUAUGAACAGGAAAUCUUUUCGUUUUGGCCGAAAUUUUCUUUUUGGUAAAUUUAAAAUUUCAUGUUUGCAUUAAUUUCGUUUCAAAUUUUCAUUUCCAACUACAUUUUUCUUUUAGAGCUACAGUGCAGAUUCUUGCCAUUUUUUCUUUAUAUGAAGCUGUAAUCACCUAUAUUAGCUUUAAUUUUGUCAUUCUAUGUAAUUCUUAAAAGGACAGGAAACCCUCAAAUGAAUGAUUCGGAUAGAAUUUUAAACACCUUUCAAAUUUAAUUUUAUGAUAAAGUAUG